AUGUCAAUAACUCUCAGACCAAUCCAGGAAGGCGACAAGCCUGAGUGGUUGAACUUGUGGACCGGAAAGGGAGGAUACAUCGAGUUCUACAAGUCUUCACAUAAGAUUACACCGGAAAUUUCAGACUCUACAUUUGCCAGAUUUCUUGAUCCGAACGAGCCUGUCUAUUCUGUUGUUGCCAUUGAUGACUCCACCGGAAAGAUCAUUGGCUUUGCCAACUAUUUGACUCACAGAAACACCUGGACCAUUGAGAAUGCGUUGUACUUAAACGACUUGUUUGUUAGCGAAGAUGUUAGAUUGAAGGGAACAGGAAGGAAGCUCAUCGAGUACAUUUACAGUGAAGCCGACAGAUUGAAAUGCAAGAAGUGCUAUUGGUCUACACAAUUCGAGAACCACAGAGCCCAAUUGUUGUACACGAAGGUCGGAGUAAAGAGCGGAUUCUUGCUUUACCGUAGGCCAGAUUAG